GAGAAUCUUACUUAUCCCAUUCUGUCAACUGGGGCUUUAACUCAUGGGAUGGUUUUCAUCAACGUCCAUCUUUGCCACCAGAAUAUGAUAAUAAUAAUUGAUAGUCAUAGUAGCAAACAUAUAUCUAGUGCUUACCACGUGCCAGGCAUUGUUCAAAGCUCUUCCCAUGUGUCAACUUCAUUUAAAUCUCACAGUAGUUCUAUGAUUAUGGCCCCCAUUUUACUGGUGAGGAUAUCAGGCACAGAGAGUUAAGGUAAUUGCCUAAAGUCACACAGUGAAGCAGAAUCUAGCUUUGAACUUAGGUUCAAAUCACACCAUGUUCUGCUGUCUCUUGCUAGAUUCUUUGAAUUAUUUAACCAUCAGGCUAGAGGGUUUUAGAGUGGAAUUCCUUUCCUUUGCUAUUUAAGUGGAGGCAAUUUAUGCACCCAUUUACCUGUUGUAGAUUCAAGCCUUCCUGACAUCCUUCUUUCCCCAAUUAGACCUUGCUCUCUGCAGUCCAGGAAAAGGAAAGUAAAACUUGAAAAGCAAAGAAAAAACUAAAGCAUGGCUUUUGAGCUUCCUAGGGUUCAGGUCCUGGAGAGUUGAAGAAAGAAUUUUUCCAAGGUCUUGUCCAGAAGGCUAAGAAAGCAAAAAACAGGUUGUUGAAAAGAGAAGGAGAUGACAGAGGAGAAUCAGGGACCCAAGGAUACGAGUCUUUCAGCUAUGGAGGGGUUGAUCCUUACAUGUGGGAACCCCAGGAGCUUGGUGCUGUGAGAAGUCAUCUUUCCAACUUCAAAAAACAUCGAGCUGCUAGAAUUGACCACUAUGUUGUUGAAGUCAAUAAAUUAAUAAUCAGGUUAGAAAAGCUCACUGCAUUUGACAGAACGAAUACUGAGUCGGCCAAGAUUCGAGCGAUAGAAAAGUCUGUGGUGCCUUGGGUCAACGACCAGGACGUCCCUUUCUGUCCAGACUGUGGGAGUAAGUUCAGCAUCCGGAACCGUCGCCACCACUGUCGCCUCUGUGGUUCCAUUAUGUGCAAGAAGUGUAUGGAGCUCAUCAGUCUGCCCCUGGCAAACAAGCUCACCAGUGCCAGCAAGGAUGCCCUGAGCACCCAUACCAGCCCCAGCCAGUCCCCCAACAGCGUCCAGGGCUCCCGCCGGGGCAGCAUCAGCAGCAUGAGCAGUGUGAGCUCAGUCCUGGACGAGAAGGAUGACGACCGGAUCCGCUGCUGUACACACUGUAAGGACACCCUGCUCAAGAGAGAGCAGCAGAUCGACGAGAAAGAGCAUACCCCUGACAUCGUGAAGCUCUAUGAGAAAUUACAACGCUGCAUGGAGAAAGUUGACCAGAAAGCUCCUGAAUACAUCAGGAUGGCAUCAUCAUUGAAUGCUGGGGAGACGACCUACAAUCUGGAACAUGCAAAUGACCUUCGAGUGGAAGUGCAGAAAAUGUAUGAGCUCAUAGAUGCUCUAAGUAAGAAGAUCUUAACCUUAGGCUUGAACCAGGAGCCUCCACCACAUCCAAACACUUUGCGGCUGCAGAGGAUGAUCAGAUACUCGGCUACACUUUUUGUACAGGAAAAGUUGCUUGGUUUGAUGUCACUGCCAACCAAAGAACAAUUUGAGGAACUGAAAAAGAAAAGGAAAGAGGAAAUGGAGAGGAAGAGGAUCAUGGAGAGACAAGCUACUCUGGCAUCCCAUCGAAGGCUCGAGGAAAGGCAGAGUGACGUUUUGUCUCACACGGCCAAUGGGGAGGUGGCGUCUCUUCGCAGGGGCCCUGCCUCCGUGAGAAAGGCUGAGGGCUGGCUCCCGCAGUCAGGAGGGCAGGGACAGAGCGAGGACUCAGACCCUCUCCUCCAACAGAUCCACAAUAUCACAUCCUUUAUCAGGCAGGCCAAGGCCGCAGGCAGGACAGAUGAAGUCCGCACACUGCAGGAGAACCUGCGGCAGUUGCAGGACGAGUAUGACCAGCAGCAGACAGAGAAGGCCAUCGAGCUGUCCCGGAGGCAGGCUGAGGAGGAGGACCUGCAGCGGGAACAGCUGCAGAUGCUUUGCGAGCGGGAGUGGGAACGAGAGAAGGAGCAGCUCCAGGCAGCCUCCCUGCACACGCGGGCUCGGUCCCUGGACUUUGGAGAAAUUAGGCCUUUUCAGCUGGAACCUGGCAGGGAGCCUCGCACCCACCUUGCUUAUGCGCUGGACCUAGGUUCUUCCCCAGUUCAAAGUAGCACAGCUCUGAAGACCCUGUCACCCAGCUCAGCUCGAGAGCCCGUCAGAGUGUGGUCUGGGCCCCCUGCCCUUGGCCCUGGAGUCUUCCCACAGAGCACCAUAUUACAGCAAAAUGAGGUGCCCUCCCUAAACCCUUUUGGUGAGGAAGACCUCUCCAGCCCCAUAGAGGAGGGCACUACCACUCCUCCUGCCACAGAGCCUUCCUUGGGCCCUUCAGCCCAGAUCCCAAAAGAGUACAAUCCUUUUGAUGAAGAAGAGGAGGAGGAGGUGGUGGCGGGGAAUCCCUUCACUAACCCAGAUGGCCCAGCACCCAACCCUUUCGACGAGGAAGAUGAACAUCCGCAACAGAGGCCCUUGAGCCCUCCUGUUCCUGGCAACCCCUUUGAGGAGCCCACCUGUACCAACCCCUUUGAGAUGGACAGUGACAGCGGGCCCGAGGGCGAGGAGCCCAUAGAGGAAGAGCUCCUCCUCCAGCAGAUCGAUAAUAUCAAGGCGUACAUCUUCGACGCCAAGCAGUGUGGCCGCCUGGAUGAGGUGGAGUUGCUGACGGAGAACCUGAGGGAGCUGAAGCGCACGCUGGCCAAGCAGAAGGCGGGCACUGACUGACCAGCAGGGUGGGCAGGGCACCUUUGGGCUCGGGGGUCUGGCGGGACCCAGUGGAGCAGGAGAGAGGGCUGGGGGUAUCAAUGGGAAAGAGGAAGGGUGAGAAUUCAGAUGCACAUGGGUUAGAGGAGGGAAUCUGCAAUUUUGUGCUGUGCACUUUGAGGUAAUUCCACUACAGUUAAAUAAUACAAUGGGAACUAGAACUGGAAGAAUCAGCAGUCAUUUGCUGAUUUUCCUUUUCUCUCUUUUUUUUUUUUUUCUCUUUCCCCCAUCUGGGGGCUUUCCCUUUUAGAAGGGACUUUACAUUUUCACUACCCAUAGCUAAAUGCUAAAUGCUAUUGGGCCUGGGGCAGAAAUGGCCACCAUGCACCUCUUGGGUCCAUUUUCUACUGCCUGGUCUUUGGUUAUUAUGCAGUAUUAUAGGGCAACCGUCUAUAGGGCCCUUCCUUUAGCUGCGAUGGACAAUAUGGCUGCCUUUAAACCUUAUUCUGCUCUGGCAGAAGUCUCUCCAUCAGGCUGUAGAUUCCCUUCACCUGGGGCUUCCUCUCCCUGGCUCGGCGACUCCUGCUUGUGCAGUGGCGUGGGGAGCUGUUGCUACGAAGGGAGUGGUUUAGACCCAGGUCUCCAGCACCUCUUCUUAAGAGCAGGACAGGGGGAUAAUGUUUCCACCACUAUCUGUUUCUUUCUCAGUUUUAAGUUCUUGUUUAUCUCUUGGAAGUUAAGCUCCCAGUGCAGGGAGAAUCUGAUCAUGAGCUUUUUGGAAAAUAACUUUUUGGUUAGUAGAGGCAGUAUUAUUUGGGGAAGGGUUGCUCUGAUGGAACUGAACUACUGAUGGGACAAUUGUCGUCGGUCCCCUGAGAAAGCUCCCUCCAAAAUUAUUCUGAUCCUGGCCUCUUGAAAGGGUCUAGUCUAUAAUUUAGGAACUGAUGUAUGGGAAUCUUUUGUGGAAAAUUGUUGGGAGAAGGGAAGGUUUUCCUGAGUCAGAAGAUAAAAUCAUUUUCAAGGGAAGUUGAUCAGCCUUCCUCCCUUUUGGUUCUUCCCCUCCUGACCUGGGGCACUGGUAAGAUAUUCUCUUACCAGUAUUUAGUAUUAAGAAACUGAGAUGUUUGAAAAGGCGCAACCCAGGAUAAUUCUAGUAGCAUGGCAGUACAUGAACUCUUCACCAAUUAAGGGCAAAAGGGAAAUUGUUACUUUAGUUUUGGUGCUUUGGUUUUCAGGAACAUAACCCUUAACUCCUGUUUGACAUCAUGAUAUCCAAGUGUACUCAGCUCUGGGUCGAGUUCCUGCAAUUAUGCUUGUUAUUAAUGAACAAUAACUGACACUAGUCACUUUAUACCCCUCAACUAACUCUGGGUUAUAUGCUCACUGGUUACUGGUGCAAGAGCUGAAAUUCAUUUUGUUACAUUUUGGUGAAGAGCCCUGUUGCUCUUGAGAAUGCCUGAAACCUCUUGGUGUAACAACAGUCUGCAUUUGUGUCGACACUAUUCAUGUUUCUUUAGCACCCACUGGAUCUUCUGGCUGAAUGAAAAGGUCCUGUAUAGAGGGGUGGUAAGGGGGGUUGGGGUGGGUACAGGGCGCACGGAGGAUCUGCUUGUAUUUGGGUUCUGUUCAUAAACAAGGGAACGUGAGUGGGUGACUAAUGUCAGUCCCAUGCCUCCCUGCUGGUUGUCCUGAGUUAUUCUGGGAAGCUGGCAGCCAGAGGCAGUCUGAGAUGUUGCAUGGGCAUGGGCCUCUUCUACCUGGAGGUCCCUGCCCUUCCUGCUGUUAUUCUGGAGUUCUUCAUGGCUGGCUGGCACACUCCUCCCUUUGCAGUCUGUCAUUUCUCUCUGAUGGAAGAGGAGGAGUUCUCUACACUGAAAAGAAGGUACUUCCAAAAGCUAAGUGCUGCUUUCCAUCGUAAUUUUAUGAGAACAUAAUUCUUUUAAUUAGCUGGUGAUUUCAGUUAAGACUAAUUCACUAAAUGUACCCCUUCUCCGAAAUCAACCCCAGGUAGCAAUCUCUAAGUAACUAAGAGCAUCAGGAAACACAUAUUGAAGAAAUAAUUUUUAAAACAGUAAAAAAAAAUAAUGAACUUCACUGAAUAUACUAAACCAAACAAAAAAAUCAGAUCUCUCUGAUUUGAUUGAAUUCCUCCAUGGCUGUAGUCUUCCAUGAAUUCUUCCAUGGCUAUAUCCUCCUGUUAACAUAGACAUGAUAUGAGUUAGACCUCUGUCUCUCUCUCAGCUGUACCAUUUCCCAGAAUUCAUGCAGGCACAAAGUUGUAUUUACAGAGAUGGGCUGAAGGCAGGGAAAAGUUGGUCUAUGAAUUACAACCACACCUUCAAGUUCUUACCUCAUGUGCAUAUUUCUCCCUACAGUCCUUCAAGGUAAACAGCUCCAGUUCAUCAGCAAAUGAGCAAGUUUUUGAUAUGGCUUUGGCAUUUCUCCCCAUACAUAGAUCACAUAUGAAAGAGACUUUGGGGAUUCAUGCAGCAAAUGAAGUUGGCUUUUCCCUUUUUCUGCCUUGUUUGUAUUGUUCCUUAAUAUAUUAAGGACACUUACUCAUUGUACUUGCAGCCCAAUGUGUCUUUGCUGUUCAGAUACUAAAAUGUACCUCUGAGUCAUCAUGAGCCAUGUGGUAGGUUGGAUAUUUGACAUAGUUAGGUGACAGGAUUCAGCAUGAGGCUGGUUUCUUUACCAGGUCACAGAGUGUGGUAGCAAAUUGUGCUAAUCAUUGACAACGGCUGUUUGAAGGUUGAUUUGCAUGCGCUACUCUGGGGCUUUGUAUUGGAAUCUUUUUUAAAAAAAUAAAAUAACAGAUGUUA